AUGUCAUCCCCUCUCGCUCAAUCUAUCCAUCGCCGCCCUCAAGUUCUCUUCCUCGUUUUGCUGUCGCCACCAUCAUCCUCCGCGAGCAGCACCUCCGAGCGCCCUUCACCAUUGCUGCCUUUCCCGCUCACGAGACCACCAGCAGACCCGACUUCCGGCGACCAUUUUCUGCUGCUCCUUCGCAUCGCGCAGCAACAUUCCAACGAAUUCUCCCUCUCCCCUGCGAUCUUCUCGGACAGGCUCCUCCGCCGCGACCCGAGCAGGCUCCUCCGCUCACAACCCCCACGGGCAGGCCUUUCCUCCAGCGACUUUCCAGCCGCAGCUCUCUUCUCCGUAAUUAUUGCUUUUAUGUAUUUUUCCUUCCACUUCAAAGUGCUUGGUAAGCCUGAAACUACAAGUGAUGCCAGGUUGCUAUUCUGCUUCUCACUGAAAUUACUCCGAAAGAGUCGUAACAUAUUUGUCAAUGGGAAUGCUGAAAUUGCUAGGUUUGAAAGGAAGAAGGUGAGCAAACCAACUAGCAAUACCAUUGUUUUAAGAUAUCACCAUAUGAAAUCAAAAGAAAUCACCAAUUUAGUAGCAAAACAAAAUACGAGGUUCUUACAUAGAAGUCCCCACUACAUCACUCCACCUAAAACACACACGAAUAAAAGCAACAUCCUAAGAGGCAGCAACAGAGUCAUCGUCCGUCAGAUCACUGUGCAGCAGGAGAACCAGGAGGAGGAGGAGGAGGAGGAGGGUAGGGGUAGCCGGUGCCAGAGCUCCAGUUUGACCAUCUUCUUUUGCGAGAGGACGAUAAGUCUCCCAUUCUCUUUCUAA